AUGUUUACUAUUCGACGAGCAACGCCUGCUGAUCUUCCCGCUAUCCAAAACGCAAAUUUGACAAACCUUCCUGAAAACUAUAGUAUGCAAUUAUAUUAUUACCAUUUAAUUUUGUGGCCGACAACCACUUUUGUUGCGGUCAAUAAAGAAGGGAAGAUUGUUGGGUAUUGUCUCACUAAAAUUGAAGACGACGAGUCACACCCAGUCGUGACGGGACAAGUGACGUCUAUUUCAGUCAUCCGAACCUACCGUAAACUCGGAAUUGCAACCAAGCUGUUGCGAGCUUCGGAGAGUAGUAUGAUUGAAACAUACGGAGCAAAGGCGAUGAUGCUUCAAGUCCGAAUCUCAAACACCGCUGCGCUUCAUAUGUACGAAAAGACGUUUGGAUUCAAGAUCACACGAACUGCGAAAAAGUACUAUUUGGAUGGCGAAGACGCAUUGAUUUUGACGCAUGACUUCACAAUGGAUACACUCAUUAAUAAAGAAAAGUCAUCUCCAAUAUUGGACAAAUGGAAAGAGGAAAUGGCAAAAAGCGAAAACGAGAAAGUGAAAAAAGAAGAAAGUGCGUAG